AGAUACGCAAUCUUAACGCCUGAAACCUGGCCACAUUGGUCAGGAAACGUAAAGCAGGGAAUUGAACAUAUGAUGAACUCUGUGAACAUGGAGAGAGAUCAAUGGCAAAUGGGAAAGACCAAGGUUUUCAUUAAGGCUCCUGAAUCGGUAAGAACCAGUUACAUUAACACGAAAAUUUGUGAGACUAGUUUGUGCGACGGCAUUUUUAAAAUGAUUUUAAUUUUUUCAGUUGUUCCUGUUGGAAGAAGUACGUGAGAGGAAAUUUGAUGGUUUUGCCAGAACGGUCCAGAAAGCAUUCCGUCAAUACAGAAUGCGCAAGUUCUUCGUUGAUCUCAAACAACAAGGUAGAUAUAGAUAAUCAUUUAUCUGAUCACCACCAUCAUCAUCACCAUCAUUACUACCAUCAUUACUACUAUCAUUAUCAUCAUCACUACUAUCAUUAUCAUCAUCACUACCACCAUCAUUAUCAUCAUCACUACCACCAUCACCACCAUCAUUAUACCACCAUCAUCACCAUCAUUAUACCACCAUCAUCACCAUCAUUAUACCACCAUCAUCAUUACCAUCAUGAUCAUCACCACCACCACCCUAACACCACCACCACUAUCAUCACCACCACCCAUCAUCAUCAACAGCAUCACCACCAUCCCACCACCAUUAUCACCACGCCACCACCAUCCAAUCACCAAUGUCCAAACAACGUUCCUUUUGCUUGUAAAGAUACGGUAUAACGACAACGAAACUCUUUCAUUUUAGCUUCAGAUAUUCUGUACAUGAAGAAACAACGAAGAAGACUGACUCUAAAUCGUAACUUUGUUGGUGAUUACAUUGGGUUUGACACGAAUCCAGCCUUACGAGCGUUAGUUGGUAGGUACACUUUCAUAUUUAUUGUACUGCUUGCGGAAUGCUUGGCGAUGAAUAUUGUGAUACAUUGUAUCGUUACAAGUUUCUAUUUUAUUUUUUCUUUUAGGAAAACGUGAGAGAAUUGAGUUUGCUAUCACAGCUAUAAAAUAUGAUAGAAGGUUUAAGGUGGGUGUACGGGAUUAUGUAUUUUGUUCAGGAAAACACCACGUUAUAUUUUGUACAAACGUUUUGUCAAACGUUUCCUAUGUGGAUGGUUGUUACUAGUCGACAUUGACACUGGGCGCAUGGUGGAAACAUUAAGGCGUGAACCAGCAGCGUAAACGCAACUGCAGGACUUUUAUGUACUCACACUUUGUUUUAUUUUUUACAGCCUAGCAAGAGAGACUUGCUUUUAUCAAGUAAACACGUUUACCUUAUUGGGAGGGAAAAGGUAACUUUAAUAUUUCCUAUAAAACUUUCCUUGUUCAUAUUGUUCAUUUCAGAUUAUUUUAAAAUUUUAUUUACUUAUUAAAGGAUCGUAUUUCAAAGGGUCUAAUUGUACUCAGGGGCGGAUCGUUAAAAAGUGAUGGGGGGGGAUUUUCAGCUUGCACGAAUUUUUUUCGGCCGUCUGCUUGUGCUGGAAUUUUAAAGGUAGUUUUCUUUGCCUUCCCUCUGUAUUGCCAAUGUUACUACAACUGCUACUUUAGCACACGUGAUUUCAAAUCAUUUAAAUACUUGACAGAAUGAAUGGCAACAUUGAUUUGUAAUCAUUUAGGUCAAGAAAGGUCCUGAGAAGGGCAAAGUUUAUGAAGUUGUCAAGAGAAAACUAGAACUUAAUCAAAUUGGAAAGAUUUCACUAAGGUAUGUACAUAUUAAGCUGACCUUCCAACGAUUAAUAUUUAUGAGACUAACAAUUUACCGAACCAUUACAACAGAGGUAUUAACAAUGUCGUGUUUAUCUUUCAGUACGUUACAAGAUGAUUUUGUUGUGCUGCAUGUUCCUGGAGAAUAUGAUACUGUAUUUCAGACUGUGUUUAAGACCGAGCUUCUCACAGUUCUCACGAAGAAAUAUGAAGCUGAGGUUGGCAAGUCUUUGACUUUAGACUUCAGAGACAAGUAAGAUGCUACCAUAGUGAUUUAUUUCUUAUGAGAUGUCAUUUCGAAUCCUUCAAUUCGGACUGGACUAGAUUUCAAAUCCUCGCAUUUUGAACCAGUUCUCGGCUUCGCCUCGGACUUGAUCAAAUUUCGCGAACUUCAAAUCUAGUCCAGUCAUCAUGGUUGGAUUUGAAAUAUUACAUAAACAUAUUGAAAAGUAUGACUUUGUCAUAGAACAAAGUCAUACACAAAGACUUUGUGUGAUUGCAACAUUAACUUAGUUUCUCUGCUUUCAAUCUAGCAUCACAGUUGUCGUGAAGAAAGAGGGUUGGGGCGGAGGCGGGACACGUACGCUCUCAUUCACGUGUUCAGGUUCAAGUGAUUUCCCCAUCAUUGCGCCAUCAAGUAAAACUCUCAAAGUCACCAUUGGUGAAGGAUUGUCCAAAGAAACACGUACGUUCAUCAUGUCCAUGUAUCAGUAG